AUGGCCAAGCAAGACCCACUGACGGGCGACCUUCUACUCGUGAUUCAUGAUUUUGAGGCUCGAAGUAGCGAUGAGCUGAGCCUCUACAAAGGCGACAAAAUCGAGCUUAUCGAACGCGACGAUGACUUCGGUGAUGGAUGGUACUUGGGAAAACACACGAAGACCAACAAGACGGGCUUGUUUCCCGAAGUGUAUACCACCCUCGCACCGAAGCAGGUCGUCACUCCAACUAAAGGCCCGGUAUCUGUCACCAAGAUCGCAGCAGCCAAUGCCAGUAAUCUUCACACUCACAUCUCGUCGCCACAACCAGGACCAGAAAGAAUCUCAACAGCGAAUGCCACUCCGCCACCCUUGAACACCAAUUCUCCCGUGCAAAAGACUUCAUCUGUAUCGAGUCCUUCCUUACCAGCUCUGUCUCUCUCAGGAAUUGGUCCAGGGCAGCGUAGCAUUAGCAUGGUCCAACAUGAUGCUGCUGAAGAUAGUCCAGUCAUAAAUGAGACCCUAAGCGUCAUCGAUGAACACAUGACGGAUAUGCAGAUUCCUCGCCCAGAAGCCCAAGAGCUUGAGGGAUUCAAUACGAGGGACUCUGCAAGCGAGUAUAGCAGCUUUCCUGAUUAUCGAAUUUCAUACAUCGCCGGCCAAGAGACUGACGAAGAAGAGCACAAUAUGCUAACUGAACAAGAGGUCAUGACUUGGACGCCAUCACAUGUAGCGGAGCAUUUAGAAGACAUGGGCGUGGAAUCAAAGCACUGUGACAUCUUCAAGGAGCAAGACAUAUCUGGUGAAGUGCUCUUAGCGUUGGACCAGUCAGCAAUAUUUAUGAAGGAGUUCAAUCUAGGGCUAGUUGGCCAAAGAUUGCGGACUUGGCAUAAGAUUAAGGCUUUGCAAGACGAAGUCCACAGCCGGCCCACUCCUGUUCCAAAAACCAGGCCUAUCUUUAAUGGCAAUCCGUCCUAUGAUAGCUCCGAAUCCGGGAUGGGAGCAGUCGAUAAGUCGAGAAGUUCACGCACGCGUUACAAACGAGCCUCAACGAAUCCACCUCCAAGUCGUCAAGAUUUUGCUGAUCCGCUACCUUCACCUUCAAUGCAGAUGGCCCUGAGUCAAGCCCGCGACUCUAACUCGACUCCGUCUUCCUUCACAUUCAAGCAAGCUCUCGACAGCCCAAGCCGGCCUUCUGCAGCAUCGAUUAGAGAAUUCAAUCAUUCGCGUCGCCAUUCAGCUGCGGACUUUGCGUCAACCUUUGGCCCCGGUACACCUACAGAACAAAGCAGCCCAGCCUUACCUCCCUCAAACGCCUCUGUGCGACCUCAAUCACAACACAAGAAGACACCCUCUUUGGACCGGAAUUGGACAAUGGGAGGUCCACUAAGUAGCUUGAGCCCCCGUCCAAUGUCGAGUGCUCAUAUUGGCAAUUCUUUUGCGAUUGACCGAAGAACGCCCGAAAGCCAGGCGCGGCGAGCCAGCCACAUGCCAAGCUCUUCUCGCGAUCUGGAUCGUGGUUACAAAUCCGGAGAUGAAUUAGACGCAAGACGGUCAAGAAAUGUGUUACGAAAACGAGAAACUGUUGGGGCUAGUCAUUCUAGACAAAGCUCUUAUCAAGGGAAUGAUCAGAAAGCAGGACUAAGCCCAGCUAAACGUCACUCUCGAUUUGGCAGUGUCGAUUCUAUUAAAGAUACCGUGGCUGCGAUUGCCCUUCCCGGAAAUCGGUUGCACAUGAGGGGCCAUUCUCGCGGCUCUUCAACAGGUGACCCAAUUGUGCGGACGGAAGCAACACCUGGCGACACGUCUUCGCCAGCGGUGACCAAAUUGGAAUAUAGUUCACGACCGCAUAUGAAGAUAGUGACAUCCUCCUCAAACCGGGAUAGUGGCGUUGGAAUUAAAAGCUCACCAAAACUCAAUACUGGACCGCCUCGGGCGGGCAACAAGCCACGGAUGGGCCUUCGAGCUAUCUCAGAUGCAGUAACCGGCAACGAGAAAUCCAUCGCUGCCUCUCCUCCGUCUGUGCCUUCGCCGAAAAUAGAACCACCAUACCAGUCCCCUGCGCGGACCGGUUCUACUACCCCGUCAGGAGCGUCUCAAAGCCUAGAUAGAGAAAGUACAGAUGCCUCAUCCAAAGGCACAAGUGGCGCUCAAACAACUCUGACACCCACAAGCGGAACCCGUAAGAAGACUAAAAAGGAGACUAGUGCUUACACGAGAGGCCUUGAACAGAAGCCACCGCAAGAGCAGAUGAUCGACUGCGACUAUAGUGGAUGGAUGAAGAAGAAAUCCUCAAACAUGAUGACGACAUGGAAGCAGAGAUUGUUCGUCCUACGCGGUCGCCGCCUUUCGUAUUAUUAUUCCGAAGAUGAUAUCUCAGAGAAGGGACUCAUUGACAUAUCUUCGCAUCGUGUUCUACCAGCUGACAAUGAUAUCUUGACCGGCCUACAUGCCACAGUCACGGGCGCCAAGUCUUCGCCCAUCUCGCCACCAACGGCACAUACUCCGACUCUGGCUCAGACCGAAGCUGCUGCACAGACAGAGUCCACACUUCGAAAAGAGAUGCUUGAUUCAACCUUCAUAUUCAAGCUUGUUCCACCCCGCUCUGGUCUCUCACGCGCCGUCAAUUUCACGAAACCUACGGUGCAUUACUUCGCUGUUGAUAACAUACGACAAGGCCGCUUGUGGAUGGCAGCUUUGAUGAAAGCAACAAUUGAUCGUGAUGAAUCCAAGCCCAUUACUACCUCAUACCAAUUGAAGACGAUCAGUCUCGCAAAAGCCCGGACUAUGAGACAACGUCCACCGGCACUCAUGAAUCUAGAUGAGCAGAGCGAAGGCGUACAAGAUGGGCCCAAAAGCGACGAAACAGGGCUGAAUAUCCAAGGCGUCGAAUAUGAUAGACCAAGCAUGAGCGAAAAACGCGCAGGAAGCUUAGACAGCUUGCAGAAAUCCCAAGACAAUGCUUCCUUACACGAGGAGCACGAGGCGACGGGGACUGAACUUUGA